AUGAUGCACUUACCUAUCCAUUUAGUUGAUGAUGUUAGGUUAAGUGGACCAGUAAGUGGUUGGUGGAUGUUCGGACCAGAAAGGUAUCUUGGAGAACUAAAAGAUUAUGUUGGAAAUCGGAGUCGUCCUGAAGCCUCUAUAGCUGAAGGAUAUUUGGUAGAAGAGGGUUUAAUAUUUUGCGCGAGAUAUUUGCGUGAUGGUUCAAAGAAGAAAUCUAAAAACUCUAAUCGAAGCUCUGUAGAAGCAACAUGUAAUGAUAUAUCAGUUAUUUUUCCUAAAGUGGGCCAUCCUCUUGGGAGAAGAAAGAGAGGGAAGAAAGGAGCAUUUUCUCUGGACUCUAGCACACAAAAAUUAGCACAUCGGUAUGUUCUAUUCAAUUGCCAGGAUGAGCUUGUUGAAAAAUACAUCAAGGAACACGAAGAUAUGAUGAAAAUGAAGUCUCAAGACAAGAGCAAAAAAAGGUGGAGGCAAGCCCAACAACAUAGCCAAGAAUUCAUGGAUUGGUUUAAAGAAAAAGUAGAGCUAGAACAAUUUCCUGAUCAUAUUAAAUGGUUAGCUUCGGGACCUUCUCAUGUUGCAAGGAGAUACACAGGGUACUUUAUUAAUGAGUAUAAAUUCUAUACUCAAGGACGUGAUGCAAAAUUGAAAACACAAAACAGUGGAGUUACUUUGACCGCCUUGACUUCAAGUUUCUCAAGUACUAAGGAUCUCAAUCCUAGUGUUGAUGGGGUCACUUAUUAUGGAAGGAUAAAUGAUAUAAUUGAGAUUGACUAUUGGAGUUCUUUUAGUGUUGUCUUAUUCAGGUGUGAGUGGUUUCAAGAGAACACUGAUUCAUAUGGUCUGACUUGUGUCAAUUUCAACAAACUGUGUUAUGAAGAUGAUCCUUUUGUCUUGGCAUCACAAGUUCAUCAAGUUUUUUAUGUGAAAGAUGCUACUGAAAAGGGUUGCCAUUAUGUGAUGAAAAAAUUAUCAAAAGACUUCAUUGAUAUUAUGGACCAAACAGAGGACACAUACUUUGCUGAGCUUACUGAAUCUGUGGAGGAUAGGAUGGUGACUGCUCUGAAUGACGAUGAUGAAAAUAGUUGGACCCGAGAAGGUGUACCUCCCAUUAUUCUUGAUGAUCCAGUUGAAAACCAAGAGACUAAUUCAGAAUCAUACGAUACAGGGCAUUGUUGGUGA